UCCUCGAGGCCGCCCUCGCCCAUGGCAAAGCCGAAGGGUGUCACAGCCCCGGACACCCCCGCUCUGCUCUGCUCGGCACAGGGAGAGGGGCACCCCUCAAAAACACAGCGACACGCCGAGCCGGCAGUGUCCCGGCUGCGCGACACGCGCGGCGGCCCCGGUUUGGGGACACGAUGCCCGGGCUGGCCUCAAGGUGGCAGUGGCCACCUUUGUCCCCAGCAUCGCCCCGCAGGGCUGGGGGCCCGCGGAACAGCGCCGCGGGCUCUGCGGGACCCCGGGGGACAGGAGGGCUGUCCUGGGGUGGACGAGGGGCCACGGGCCCCAGGGAUGGGGGCUGUGACCCUCGCGGCUGAGGGACUGUGGGCUCCAUGAGAGAGGGGCCGUGGUCGCCAUGGGCAGAGGGACACAGCGCAUGGGUGGGGGACUAUGGACCUUGUGGUUGAGUGACCGCGGUCCCCACGGGUGGAGGGAUGUGGUCGCCAUGGUGGGGGGACACGGUGCCCAGGGAUGAGGGGCUAUGCCCUCGCGGUUGAGGAGCCUUUCCCUUUCCUGAGGAAAGGGCUGUGACCGCACGGGAGAGGCCACCCUGCCCCAUGUCCGGGGGCUGCAGGUGUCCCAAAGCCUGCGAGGGCAACAGAGGGAUGGGAGGCUGUGGGACUGAGCCCCGCGGCAGCUCCUGCCUCCGCCUCUGCCCGCCUCCAGCCCUGCCUUCCCUGGGCACUUUGCUCCCGGCCGCGGGAAGCGGGAGCGGGCACGCUCGGCACGGCAGGGCACGGCCAGGGCCGCCCGCAGCCCCCCGGUAUGGCCCCGUCCCGCGUGGGGGACAGGCUCUCCCCGUGGGGGCCCCACUCCUGAGAGCCGCCCAGGUCUGCAGGUCUGGCUGGCACACCAUGGCCACUCCGGUGAGGAUAUUCCCAGUUUCCCUGUGGACACCGACGCCGACUCCCUGGCCAGGAGGGAACAGCACAGCAGCACCCGAGGCUAAGUGUGUCUUCAACGAGGAGUUCAAGUUCAUCCUGCUGCCCGUCUCCUACAGCAUCGUCUUCGUGGUGGGGCUGCCCCUCAACUCCUGGGCCCUGUGGAUGUUCAUCUCCAGGAUGAGGCCCUGGAAUGCCACCACCACCUACAUGGUCAACCUGGCCCUCUCGGACACGCUCUACGUCCUGUCCCUGCCCACCCUGGUCUAUUAUUAUGCCGACCGCAACAACUGGCCCUUCGGGACGGGGCUGUGCAAGAUCGUGCGCUUCCUCUUCUACGCCAACCUCUACAGCAGCAUCCUCUUCCUCACCUGCAUCAGCGUGCACCGCUACAUGGGCAUCUGCCACCCCAUCCGCUCCCUCAAGUGGGUGAAGACCAAGCACGCCCGCAUCAUCUGCGUGGCCGCCUGGCUCGUGGUCAUCAUCUGCCUCAUCCCCAACCUCAUCUUCGUCACCACCAGCUCCAAGGGCAACACCACCCUGUGCCACGACACCACCAAGCCCGAGGAGUUUGACCACUACGUGCACUACAGCUCGUCCAUCAUGGCCCUGCUCUUCGGGGUGCCCUUCCUGGUCAUCGUCCUGUGCUACUGCCUGAUGGCCAAGCGGCUCUGCAAGUCCAGCUUCUCCAGCCCCGGCCUCCGCAUGCCCUCCUACAAGAGGCGCUCCAUCAAGAUGAUCAUCGUGGUGCUCGCCGUCUUCGCCAUCUGCUUCGUGCCCUUCCACAUCACCCGCACGCUCUACUACACCUCCCGCUACUUCCAGGCCGACUGCCGGACCCUCAACAUCAUCAACUUCAGCUACAAGAUCACGCGGCCGCUGGCCAGCAUCAACAGCUGCCUCGACCCCAUCCUCUACUUCAUGGCUGGCGACAAGUACCGGGGCCGGCUGCGCCGCGGGGCCGCCCAGCGCCUCCGGCCCGUGCCCACGCUGGACCUGGCGCUGGUGUCACCCUUCGCAGACAGCCUCACGGAUGGCAGCCACGUCGCCCGUGUCACCCGAGGGACCGGCGCCGCACGCAGCGGAGAUGGCUGCUGAAGGGGUUCCACAGCCUCAGCUCUGGGCUCCAGGAGGUGCAGCCCCUCGGGGCUCCACGUGGGCACUCACAAGUCCCCAGACCUGAGCUGUCCCUGCCCAGCCCUGCAGGGCUGAGGGCUGGAGGCGCCAGGUUGGUCCCAGCCCGGCCCUGUGAGACCGUGGGAGGAGGGUGCUGGUGCUGGGCAGGGCAGGAGAGCCACCAGGACUCAUGGGAAUGGGAAGGACACUGAGGAGGCUCUUUUGGGGCAGCAGGCUGGUGCUCCAUCCCUGGCACUCCUGGGGACACAUGGGGCUGAAAAGUCACUAAAGAGAAAGGACACUGGUGCCUCCCUGGGCAGGCACAGCUCUUCCAGAUGACUCAGGGGUGACAUGCAGGGACCAGACUGAACCUGGGGACAGAGCCCAGGCUGGGUGGGUUCUCAGAGAUGUCCCUGUCACACUGCUGGCCUUGGCAGAGGGGGAGUGACAUGGCCUGGGGCACCUGCUGCUCGUGACCCCCAAUAAAGCCCCUUCCCCUCUCUACCUUCA